UCUCACCCUCUGCUUGUCAUACUGAUCUGCACACUCUCUCAGCUGGACUUGGGGCUACUACUUACUGCAUCUGAAAGGCUGAAACUCCCUAGGAAUAAAGAAACUUUAUAACAAUGCCGGAACCCACCAAGAAAGAUGAGACUGAAACUGAAAAUGCUCUACCACCUCCAGAACAAAAAAUACCACAGGAUGGUGGAACUGAAAAGGGUAAAGUAUGGUCUAUUGGAGAAAGCGCUCCAGAAGAGACAGAAAAACGUGAUGACUCCCAACGAUCCACUUUAUUCAUUGAAAAACCCCAGAGUGGUUCAGUGAGCGUUGGUGGGAAUAUUACAUUUAUAGCCAAAGUAGAAGCCAAAGAUCUUCUCCGAAAGCCAAACGUUAAGUGGUUUAAAGGAAAAUGGAUGGACCUGGCCAGCAAAGCAGGGAAGCACCUGCAGCUGAAGGAGUCAUUUGAGCGUCACACAAAGAUACACACAUUUGAGAUGCAUAUCAUUCAAGCUAAGGAGAAUUAUGCAGGGAACUAUCGCUGUGAGGUUUCUUAUAAGGACAAGUUUGACAGUUGCUCUUUUGACCUUGAAGUCACUGAAUCCUCUCAAGCUGCUCCAUCCAUUGACAUCAGAUCUGCUUUCAAAAGAAGCGGUGAUGGACAAGACGAUGCAGGAGAACUUGACUUUAGUGGUCUCCUGAAACGUAGGGAGGUCAAACAGCAAGAAGAAGAACCUGAGGUGGAUGUAUGGGAGCUCCUGAAGAAUGCCAAUCCCAGUGAAUACGAGAAGAUUGCUUUUCAGUAUGGUAUCACUGACCUGAGAGGCAUGUUAAAGCGUCUGAAGCGCAUGAAAAGAGAGGUGAAGAAGAGUGCAGCAUUUUCCAAAGGACUUGAUCCUGCAUAUCAGGUGGAUAAAGGAGGCAAAGUUAGGUUCAUGGUAGAGCUAGCAGAUCCAACAGUGGAACUCAAAUGGUAUAAAAAUGGCCAAGAAAUACGACCAAGUGCAAAAUACAUUUUUGAGCACAAAGGUAACCAGCGAAUUUUGUUCAUCAAUAACUGUACGAUGACAGAUGACGCUCGCUAUUACGUAACAGCUGGUGAUGAGAAAUGCUCCACAGAACUGUUUGUGAGAGAUCCUCCAAUUUUGGUGACCAAAGGCCUGGAGGAUACCAGUACCUAUGUUGGUGAACGUGUAGAACUGAGCUGUGAAGUAUCUGAGGAUGAUGCAAAUGUUAAAUGGUUUAAGAAUGGUGUAGAGCUUACCAAUGAACCUAAAUCUCGGUAUCGAAUCAAGGUUGAGGGUAAAAAACACACUUUGAUUAUAGAGGAGGCUGCAAAAAAUGACAAUGCAACUUACUCAGUAAUGACAACAGGAGGCCAAUCAGAAGCUAAGCUUUCUGUUGAUUUGAGACCACUGAAGAUUUCACUUGCACUAGAAGACCAGACAGUGAGACUUGGACAGGAAAUCCACCUGAAAUGUGAGAUAUCUGAGAAUGUGGAAGGGAAAUGGUACAAAAAUGGACAAUUGAUUGAAGCUAGUGACCGUGUGAAGCUUUACCAUAAAGGAAGAAUCCACAGAUUUAUUAUAGCAAGUGCUGCUGUUGAUGAUGAGGGUGAAUACAUGUUUGUACCAGAUGCUUACAAUAUUAAUAUUCCAUGCAAAGUACAUGUUGUGGAUCCUCCUAAACUUCACCUUGAUGGUCUUGGAGAAAAUAACACUGUGACAGUAGUGGCAGGAACCAAACUACGACUUGAGAUCCCUAUCACUGGCGAGCCAACACCAAAAGUCAUGUGGAGUAAAGGGGAUAAGUGGAUCACAGACAGUGGAAGAAUACGUGCAGAAACAUAUUCAGACAGCAGCUGCCUGGUCAUUGACACAGCUGAGAGAGAAGAUUCAGGACCUUUCAGAAUAACAUUAAAGAAUGAAGCUGGGGAGGACUCAGCCCUUAUCAACAUAAAAGUAGUUGAUGUGCCUGAUCCUCCUCAGGCACCAAAUGUGACUGAGGUGGGUGAAGACUGGUGUGUUAUGACAUGGGAACCUCCAGCAAAUGAUGGUGGAUCACCCAUCUUAGGAUAUUUCAUUGAAAGGAAAAAGAAACAAAGCUCACGGUGGAUGAGGCUGAAUUUUGAAUUGUGUAAAGAAACAACCUUUGAGCCAAAGAAGAUGAUUGAAGGUGUUGCUUAUGAGGUCCGUGUAUUUGCUGUUAAUGCAAUAGGCACUUCCAAACCAAGUAUGCCUUCAAAGUCUUUUGUUCCUUUAGCUGUUACCAGUCCACCAACUCUCCUGGCAGUGGAUUCAGUAACUGACACCUCAGUGACGAUGAGAUGGAGGCCACCAGACCACAUUGGAGCAGCAGGUUUAGAUGGCUAUGUUGUAGAGUACUGCUUUGAAGGAACUGAUGAAUGGAUCGUCGCUAACCCAGAACUGACAGACAAAACAAAGUUUACAAUCAACGGUCUGCCAACUGGCUCAAAAAUCCUUGUGCGAGUAAAAGCUGUGAAUGCUGCAGGUGAAAGUGAACCUAGGUACCACCCACAGCCUAUCUUAGUCAAGGAAGUGAUAGAACCUCCAAAGAUUCGCCUGCCAAGACACUUAAAACAAACCUAUACUAGAAGAGUUGGAGAAACUGUAAAUCUUGUUAUUCCUUUCCAGGGAAGACCAAGGGCAAAAGUAUCAUGGCAGAAAAAUGGUUCUCCAAUAGACAAGAACCAAAUCAACAUCCGCAACACUGAGAACGACACCAUUAUUUUUAUCCGAAAGGCAGAAAGGAGCCACUCUGGAGAAUAUGACAUGAAAGUGGAAGUAGAAAAUUUGGUGGAUAAAGCUACAAUAGAUAUUCAAAUUGUUGAUCGCCCAGGCCCACCAGAGGUUGUAACUAUUGAGGACGUCUGGGGAGAGAAUGUAAAUUUAUCAUGGAAGCCACCAAAAGAUGAUGGCAAUGCUGCCAUCACUGGAUACACUAUUCAAAAAGCAGAUAAGAAGAGCAUGGAAUGGUUCACGGUAAUCGAGCACUACCACCGCACCAGUGCCACCAUUAAUGAGCUCGUCAUAGGAAACGAGUACUACUUCCGAGUCUUCUCUGAAAACAUGUGUGGCCUCAGUGAGGAUGCAACAAUGACCAAAGAGAGUGCCUUGAUUGCAAAAGAUGGUAAAGUCUACAAAUACCCAGUUUACGACGACUUUGACUUCACUGAACGACCACUGUUUACUCAGCCUCUAGUUAACACGUUUGCUGUAGCUGGUUACAAUGCUACUUUGAACUGCAGCGUUCGGGGCAACCCCAAGCCCAAAAUAACCUGGCUGAAAAACAAGGUUGCUAUACUGAAUGACCCAAGGUACCGAAUGUUCGGCAACCAAGGUGUCUGCACCUUGGAGAUCCGCAAACCCAGUCCAUAUGAUGGAGGCACUUACACUUGCAGAGCUGUCAAUGAACUUGGAGAGGCAGAAGUUGAUUGCAAACUGGAAGUAAAAGUUACAGAAUAAGGAUUUUUGAAUGUAUAUUGUCAUCUAAGGUGGGCUUUCGUUCUUCAAACUAUUAAUGGAUGGAGUGCCUCCGCAUAUCAUUGAUUCAUAUAUGCGCGAAGUACAGGCAGACAAAACUGAGGGGAAGUGAGAGUCCGACCGCAGUGCUUCCUGCCACCGCGCUGGGAAUGGGCAGCCAGAGUUACAGCAUUUUAGUCCUUGCAACAACAGAACAAACGUGUGGCUGGAGAUUUUUCUUUUCUUCUUGUUUUUUUUUUUUCCCCCCUCAUUUGUCGCUCUGUUUUCCCUGCCUGCUCUUACUGAAAAGAAAGAAUACGCAUGGAUUGCUUUGGGAUUGAAAUGAAAUGAACUGAAGAAAACACACUCUUUGUAAUGUUCAGCUUUAUUUUCUGUUUGAUAUUGUGUUUUGAUUUUUUUUUAAUGAGGAAAGAGGAGAAGCUGUGUACGAGGAGGCAGUCAGUUUGUACUGGGUGGUACAAUGCAAACCUUUCGCAGACUGAAGGUACAAGGAUUUGUCAGUAGAUGUGCAAUAAGACCUUUGGAAUACAUACCUCUUUGAUAAUGUAUCUUAUCCAUCUGAGAAUUGCUUAACAGAAUAUGGUUUUACUAGAAAGUAAUUAAUUCACAUGUACUUAAUGAUCACUUAAUCUGAACAUAUCUUCCUUUAGAAGUUUUGAUUUCCUAAAUCCAACUCACCAGUCUCUCAACUGAACUGAAGUUGUUUUAUUUAAUGUACAAUAAAUAU